CACGCAGGUUACGAAAGAAAAAAAAAGAGUUAUGAAAGUUGUUUCUAGUGACGCCGGAUGAUGUCCUUCAUCUCUUUUAUUUCGCCGCAGCUGCUGUAGAGAUCCUCACCGACGGCUCUGUGCGCAUACUAACAGUUACAUUCACAGGAAUGAUGUUGGGAUCAGUGGUUGUUGGUGUCGGCAUCGCAGGAAGUGUGAGAAUGAGAGAUUUGCUCGCUCCUCUACCGUCCAGCGCUGCUGAGAAGUUCAGCAUCCGAGGCUUUGUGUCCAGGAGGACUCUUGAAGAUCAGCAGGGUGUGAAGCAGAUCUCCAUGACGGAGGCGUUGAGCAGAGAUGACAUCCAUGUGGCCUUCAUAUGCACUGAAAACACUAACCAUGAAGAGCACAUCAGGCAGUUUCUGGAGGCGGGGAAGCAUGUGUGUGUUGAGUAUCCCAUGACCCUCAGCUACACGUCUGCAGUGGAUCUGUGGAAUCUGGCUCAGCAGAAGGGCCUGGUGCUACAUGAAGAACAUAUCGAGCUCUUCACUCCUGACUUCAAACAGCUGAAAAAAGACAUCGCUGGGAAAACGCUGGAGGAGGGAACGCUGCACUUCACUGGUGGACCCCUGAAGCCAAAUUUUGGGUUCCCAUCUUUCAGCGGGAUUGCCAGACUGACCUGGUUGGUUGAUCUUUUCGGGGAGCUGACGGUUACUGCAGCAUCUCUGGUGGAGGAGAAAGAGAACAAAUACAUGAAGCUGACGGCACACUUCCUGACCAGCCAGCAGAAACCUCUGACUUGGAUUGAAGAGCGGGCUCCAGGACUGGGCCGAGCCAAACACAUAGAUCUUCGCUUCCAGGACGCCAGCAUCACGGAGCUUCCUGCAGGUCAGCGGGAGCCGGUCGGGCUGUUCAUGCAGGAUCUGGUGCUGUUCGGCCGGAAGCUGCAGGGGGAAGUGUCUGCUGCGGAGCUCCAGGACGAGAGGAGUAGGAUCUUACACUGUCUGCAGCUGGCGGACCGCAUCCAGCAGCUCAGUGAACACACACAGGCCUGAAGCUGAAGCUGUCCACACCAUAAACCACACAGAACUGUGGUGUAGAGACAGAGAAGAGUGAAGGAUCAUAUAAUUGAAUUUAUACAUUUAUUUUCAUUAGAGUUUUUUUCAACAGUGAAAAUCAGUUUGUUGUUCAGUUGCUUUUUGUGGGAAUUUUUUUUUUUUGACUUUAUAUUUAACAAUUUGAAUCGGAUGAAAGUCUGAAUUGUGAGAUAAAGAGAUUUGCUACAUCUUUGGGUAUUUAUCCCAUGGUGGAAACCAGCUUUAAUAGCUUUUCAACUCUAAAUUAAAAAAAAAAAAACCAUAAAAGUAUGACUUGAAGUUUGUUCUGUUCUAUAAUCUCUUUUCUUUUUUAGACCUUGACAGAUAUUUUGGGUGAAAUAUUAUUUUUAUUUUAUUUUUUUGUCUUGAAAUUGCAGUGAUUAAACAAGGCAAUGUAAGAGUUUCAGAGUAAAAUCUGAUUUGGAAAUUGAACUAAUAGUUUUGUUUAACUAGUGGGCAACAUCAGGAUUUGCAGUAACAUUCCUUUAUUGUAACCUGUAACUCAUAACUUAUCGUUUUUAACAUGACAUUUUAUUAUUUAGGAGAAAGGGAUGAUUCUUGCGGACUUUUUUUUUUUUUUUUGAGUUUUGUAAAUCAGUUGGUAUUCAGUAUGUGACUGAUACAAUGAGUUUUGUUUUAGUACAUUUAAGACAGACGAACCUCCGGUGAUUUCAGUCACUGGUGUUCAUACAGGCUGGAGCAUUGCUACACAUUGUGCACUUUUGUUUGGUUUGAUAUUAUGUCAUUCUUAUAUUUAAGUUGAAUAUUAAAUAUUAUAUUUAAUCUGUGUAUUAAGUGUUUAAACUGGAUGAGAUCUGUAAGCAGUCAUACAUACUUUGAGCAAAAUCAAAGAUUCUUGUAUCAUUCAUGCAGUAGUAGGUUUUUUAUCUAACCUUUUUUUCAUAUCUACGUUCUCUCUGGGAAAGCACUGAAUGGAGCAUAGACUUAUCAGAGAAUGCUAUUUGCAUGUCAGAGAAAGGAAAUGUUGUGUUUGAUUUGUCUUCCUGUUUACAUUUUUGUGUUUUCUGUUAAACAAAUAAAUUGUGCAUGCUUUCUGGAA